CCUGUCGACAAUAACUGCUAAACGAAAACGAAUCGUAUUCAAACCACUCGUGAGUGCAAAAAAGUGACAAGAAGAAAAAGAAGAAUUACAUUCCCAAAAUGUACAGCAAUAAAUCGGUGGCUCAACUUUUGCUGCUUGGAUUCGCACUGCAAGUGGUUGCGGUGGUGCAGGCGGAUGUCUCGCAGCUGGAGUACUCCAUUCGGCCCAGUUCCCAGGUGGCCUACUAUCAUUAUCCGGUGCCGAGGACACAGCAGCAUCAGCGUCAGGUGGCACGACAAUUUGUGGCACCUGAGCUGGAGCAUGCCGCCUUCACGCAGGCGUUGACGAGUCGUGGUUAUGUCUUCGGUGGCAACACAGCCGCUGCUUCCGUCUCUGCACCACUGACGGCAGCGGUGCCGGCGGGUCGUUCCAUUUCCUCGUCAUCGGAUGCCAAUUCGUUGAACCUCAAGUUGCCGGUGCCCUUUGGCGUGAUGCCACUAAAUGUUGCACAUUUGCCGCUGCAAGCGGGUGCGCCUUAUGCCUCCGUGCCACAUACCACAGGUCUCACCUCAUAUGGCACAGCGCACGUGCAACGUCGAUAGUUGCAACAACUGUAUUUUUUAAGCCUGACUGACUGACUGUGUGUGUAUCUGUGUGUGUAAGAGUGUGUGAGUGAGUGUGUGCAUGUGAUUAGUGAAUACUUGAUAUAUAUAUAUAUAAAUACAUUCGAAUAAUACUCAUAAAUAAAGUAAAAGCUACUUGCCAGCGAUCGUAGCAACAACUUGAA